AUGGUCUUCACACAUGAUGAUUAUACGGUCGCAUGGAUCUGCGCCUUGCCGCUGGAAAUGGCGGCCGCAAAGGUCAUGCUUGACGAGGUCCACCCUCCACUCCCUCAGCCAGAAACCGAUCACAAUGUCUACACACUUGGGAGGGUUAGUAGCCACAAUGUGGUGAUAGCCUGUCUGCCUGGAGGUGUCUAUGGGACGAUAUCCGCUACAGCUGUGGCAUCACAUGUGGUCUCUACCUUUCGGAGUCUCCGGUUCGGAUUGAUCGUGGGUAUUGGAGGCGGAGUCCCGAGGCCAAAUACUGAUAUUCGCCUUGGUGAUGUUGUGAUCAGCAAGCCAACUGCCACUUCAAGUGGUGUUAUCCAAUAUGACUACGGCAAGACACUUCGUGACGGACGAUUCCAGCACACCGGGUUGCUUAAUAAACCUUCUCCAGUGUUGUUGAAAGCUGUGUCUCAAUUAGAGAGUGAUUAUAUAACAGGAAAAAGGCUGGUUAGCAAAAUCUUGAUUGAUAUAAAGCACAAAUAUAAAGAGAUGAGAGAAAGCUUUUCGCGUCCGAAAGACGAUUGGCUAUUCCGACCGAUAUAUAAUCAUAAGGAUGGCGAACACAACUGUUCAGCAUGUGAUCAGACUCAGUUAGUGAACCGUUCUGUGCGGACAACUGAUGACCCUUAUUUCCAUUAUGGAUUGAUUGCUUCCGGAGAUCAGGUCAUUAAAGAUGCUAAGACUCGAGAUUCUAUUGCUCACGAUCUCGAUAUACUUUGUUUUGAAAUGGAGGCUGCCGGUGUUAUGGACGAACUCCCAUCACUUGUUAUUCGCGGUAUCUGUGACUACUGCGAUUCCCACAAAAAUAAACAGUGGCAAGGGUAUGCUGCUCUUACUGCUGCUGCUUACACGAAGACUCUCCUGUCAGUGGUUCCCAUGUCCUGUCACAAGAAGAAAUUACAAAAGUUAUGGGAACCGGUUCAGGUGGUCCCCUUUAGAAGGAACCCGCAAUUUAUAGGCCGCGAAGAAGAGAUUACUAGAACUGAAGAAUUGAUUAUACAAAAGAAUGGACCUGACAGAAUUGCUCUCUGCGGACUGGGUGGAGUUGGGAAGACCCAGAUUGCACUUGAACUAGCAUACCGUAUGCGAGAUCGAGACCCUGAGUGUUCAAUUUUCUGGAUCACAUGUACCAGCUAUGAGAGUAUGGAACAAGCCUAUAUGAGCAUCGCCUUAAAGCUGGGAAUAGCGGAUAUAAAGCCAGCUGAGGUGAAAGAAAAAGUCAAAGCUUAUCUCAGCCAGGAGUGUGCUGGGAAGUGGCUUCUUCUUUUUGAUAACGCAGAUGAUAUAGGGAUAUGGAGCAAGGACAACACUAAUCACUCGGUACUGAGGGACUUUCUUCCUCAAAGUAACCAGGGCCAUAUUCUCUUUACCACACGCAGCCGGAAGGUAGCUGUGAAACUGGUGUCUUCUUAUGUGAUAACAAUCACUGAGCCGGACACAGAGACUGCUGUCAAAAUCUUACAAAACUCAUUAGUUGAAAAAGCCUUACUUUAUGAUUAUGGUACAGCCAUUGCCCUUCUGGAGCGGCUGGUCUUUCUCCCACUGGCGAUUACCCAGGCGGCAGCGUAUAUCAAUGAAAAUAGUAUUAACCUCUCUGACUAUGUUAAGAUUUUACAAGAUCAGGAGUCAGAUGUGAUUGAAUUACUGAGCGAAGACUUUGGGGAUGAAAGGCGCUACAAAGACACCCAGAAUCCUGUGGCUUUGACCUGGUUUAUCUCCUUUCAACAAAUACAACGAUCAAAUAAACUCGCAGCUGACUAUCUGUCAUUGAUGGCGUGUAUCAAUCCUCGUGAUAUUCCACAAUCGCUACUUCCCCAGCCGAAUUCAACGAAGAAAGGAAUUGAUGCUGUCGGCCUCCUCAAGGCUUUCUCCUUUGUUAGCGAGGAUAGCAGGGAUUGUUCUCUACAUCUACACCGACUAGUCCACCUUGCAACACGGAACUGGAUGAGAAAGAACCAACAAUUUAGCCCACAAAUAUUGAAAGCUGCAGACCGAUUGAAUGAGGUUUUCCCAAACAAUGCCUAUACCAAUCGGAAGAUGUGGCGGGGAUAUCUACCGCAUGCUCUUUCACUAAUAGCAGAAGCUGACUUUCAGAAGGAGCAGAAGAGAUAUAUUAACUUAAUUGUAAAUAUUGGGAGGUGUCUAUAUAGUGACGGAAGAUGGAAGGAAGCAGAAGAGCUGGGAAUACAGGAGAUGGAGCUCUGCAAGCGAGUGCUGGGGCCAAAACAUCCCGAUACUCUGAGCAGCGUGAACAACCUGGCUUUAAUAUACCGGAAUCAGGGACAAUGGAACAAAGCAGAAAGGCUUGCGAUACAGGUAAUAGAACUCCGCAAGCAAGUACUAGGGCCAGAGCAUCCAGAUACUCUGAGCAGUGUGAACAACCUAGUAUUAAUAUACAGGAAUCAGGGACGAUGGAAGAAAGCAGAAAAUCUGGAGAUAGAGGUAAUAAAGCUCCACAAGCAAGUGCUAGGGCCAGAGCAUCCGGAUACUCUGAGCAGCGGGAACAACCUGUCAUCAAUAUACCGGAAUCAGGGACGAUGGAAGGAAGCAGAAGAGCUGGGAAUAGAGGUAAUGGAGCUCCGCAAGAAAGUGCUAGGACCAGAGCAUCCAGACACUCUGGGCAGCAUAAACAACCUGGCAUUAAUAUAUUGGAAUCAGGGACGAUGGGAAGAAGCAGAAGAGCUGGAGCUACAGGUGAUGAAGCUCCGCAAGAAAGUGCUAGGACCAAAGCAUCCAUCUACUCUAACCAGUAUGAACAACUUGGCAUCAACAUAUCGCACGCAGGGACGAUGGAAGGAAGCAGAAGAGCUGGGGGUACAGGCAAUAGAGCUCCGCAAGCAAGUGCUGGGGCCAGAGCAUCCAUCUACUCUAACCAGUAUGAAUAAUCUGGUGUCAAUAUACCGAAAACAGGGACGGUGGAAAGAAGCUGAACAUCUGGGGAUACAGGUGAUAAAGCUCCGCAAACAAAUACUGGGGCUAGAGCAUCCAUCUACUCUGACCAGUAUAAAUAACCUGGUCUCAAUAUACCGGAAUCAGCGACGAUUGAAGGAAGCAGAAAACCUAGGAAUGCAGGUAGUAGAGCUCCGCAAGGAAGUGCUGGGGCCAGAGCAUCCGUCUACUCUGACCAGUAUCAACAACCUUACCUAUAUAUGGAAACAACUAGGAAAGGUCCAAGACACCUUAACUUUGAUAAAAAAGCGUCCAGAGCUCGGCCACAACUCGUGGGGUCAAGAUCACUCACAUACCAUAUCUUCCUCUAAUACUCUUACAGGAAGGGAGAUAGCAAUGAAUUCCCUAUCAAAGAAACCAAACCAGCACACUUCAGCCAAAGCCUCUCUUCCCUUAACCGUCUACAAUUAUCCUUUCAAGCAGAUGAAAUUGGUCCAUGAACUUAUCACAGGUGGUAAACGAAGAGUAAUCAAGAGGUUUUUCAUGAGACGAUGA